AUGGCCGAAACAAAGAUUGCCUCCUUGCCUACCCCUCAAAUUAUCCCAGCCUCAACAAAACAGGCCGAAGUUAGCUAUCCAAGAUGGUUUGGUGGCUCGGCAUCUUGCAUGGCGGUAAUGGUGUCGCAUCCGUUUGACCUUAUCAAGGUCCGCAUGCAGACUGUUGCAGACGGUGCGAAACAAGGUUCAGUUCGAACAGGAAUGCAGAUUAUCCAGAAUGAAGGUGUUAGGGGUCUCUAUCAUGGCCUUUCCGCUGGAUUGAUGAGAUCAUUAACAUACGGAGCCUCUCGUAUCGCUUUAUACGAAGAGCUGAAACAAUCAGCAAAAAAGUCAGAGAAGCCCAUCACCACUCCAAUGCUCACGGCGAUGGCAGCGACGUCAGGCUUCGUGGGAGCUAUAUUUGGUACGCCAUCAGAUAUUGCAAAUAUCCGGAUGCAGAACGACAGGUCUUUGCCUAUUCAACACCGCCGCAAUUACAAGCAUGUGUUGGAUGCCUGGGUCCAAAUGAAGCAUCAUGAAGGUUGGAGAGCAUUUGCACAGGGUCUAUGGCCUAACUGUUUCCGGUGUGGAAUCAUGACUGCAAGCCAGCUUGCGUCUUAUGAUACAUUCAAAGAAUUGCUGCAAAGGUGGAGUAGUCUUAGCGGGGAGAGUCCGGUCAUUCACAUUUCGGCCUCGUUGUUGGCUAGUCUCGUUGCGACUUCAAUUUCGAGCCCGAUGGACGUGAUUCGAACACAGCUGAUGAGUUCUUCGAAACGAGUAUCAGUGUUCAGGAUUGUGACCAACUUGACUCGAUCUGAAGGUUAUCGGUGGGUAUUCCGUGGCUGGACACCUAGCUUUGUGCGCUUGGGUCCUCAGACUAUUGCAACGUUGGUGGCACUGGAGCAGCAUAAGCGGAUAUACCGUCUCCUCAAGUCUGGAGAUGACCAGUUAUGA